CCCCUAUUUAAUUAUCAUAAACUAACACUUAAUCUAGGUAUGUAUGAAUGGUAACGAACGGACAUUUACAUAGGCUAGAGAAAUACAAUGUAAGGACAACAACGAUACUCUUUUCAACCGAAGAUGUGGAUAAACACAAACUACCUUAUCCUGCUCCAGGUUACAGGGAGCGUUUUCAUAUCGUGUGCUAUUGUUUGUCCCGUCUCAAUUGACAUGGUGUUUUUAUUGGAUGGGUCUUCAAGCAUAGGAAGCAACGACUUCAUAAAGCUUAAGGACUUUAUAAUCAAAGUUGUCCAGUAUUUCAGAGUUUCCAGUCAAGAAUCUCGUAUUGGAGUAGUACGAUACAGUGACAACGCGUCCAUCGAAUUGUCGUUUACCGAUCUACAAAUAAUAUCAUCAAUAGAGAAAAAGAUACGUAAUAUUCCAUAUUUGGGAGGCAAUACGUACACCAAUACUGGCCUAGAUAAGUCACUUAUCUUAUUCACMGCAAAUGGGCGUGGUCAUGUACACCGUGUUGUGAUUGUCAUUAAUGAUGGCAAGAGCAGUAAAGGAGAAGCUGCCAUACAAAGUGCUAAAAAAUUGAAAGAUAAUGGAAUUCGAAUACUAUCCCUUGGUUUUGGUACGUCCUUCAGCUUGCUUGAGCUCCAACAAAUAGCGACGUCCGCUGACCAUGCCCAUACUUACCCCAAUGCCGUUAGUAUGCUUAACAGCGCGACCUCAGUAGGAGARGCAGUUUGUGCAGCAUCGAGAGGAACUCAACUCUACUUCACUUCCAUAUCUGAGAAAGCCUUCAUGAUAAAUCACGUGAUCACCAAUCAUCACGUGACGGAUGACCUAGAAUGCGCUUUCAAAUGCCUGACCAAUAAGAGGUGUUUUUCCUUUAAUUACUUCGAGUCCACCCAGAUGUGUCAACUGAAUUAUUCAAACAAGCAAUCCGAUCCCCAUGCGAUAAUCGACGACGAGAAAUCGAUUCAUUACGACAUGGUAUUUCCACUUCGUUAAAAGUUCGGGRAAGCUUCAUAAAUAUUUCGUUACUUUAAAAACUCAACAAAGCUAAAAUCUCAAACGAAGUGAAACCGGAUGGGUGCGCAAAUCCUUCUUAAUUCUUGAAGGAGGAAACCCGCUCCAUUUGGAGGGCUGUUCUUUAUUAACGCCUCUCCACCCCCUCCCCUGUCAGUAUUCAAAAGGUGCGUAACUCCCUUUUUAAGGUUCAAAACUAUAGAUAAUAUAAAAAUUACAGUUAAAGAAAAACUUUGUCUGAAGAAAGAAAUGUCACUUUCGCAGUACUAAAUCUAUCAAUUGAAUGUGAUUUUCUUGGGUUUGUCAACCCAAUUUGUAACGUUCUGGAUCCGCCAGAAGUUCCUUUCAAUAUUUCCUACUUUUAAGUCUGCUUGUAUUUUGUGUCGAAUGAUCAAACUGCAUUGAGUGACCUUGUUGUAAAUACUACAAUCAAUAUUAAAUCAGUGGCGGAUCCAGGGGGGGUUCCAUGGGUUCCUAGGAACCCCCCUCAAGCAUAAAAAAAAUAAAAAAUCAAAUAAAUAAUAAAUGAAAUAGAAUGA